GGCGUGCGUCCGAGGGAGAGAUUUAUAGCAUCAAGUCGGAGUGGCGGGCCUUGAACAGGAUAUUGACGGCGAUGGUAGCCACCGAGCAGCCUGUGCCGUCCGUUUGAUUUCCGACAGUCGCCGCCGGCCCGUCCCGGCAACCUGUGCUACCGCGACCCCUGCCAGGUCACAGACCUUGGAGCCUGCGCGUGCCUUGCUUUGCUUGCACGCCGGCCGUACCAUGGCGCUCCAACGCCCCAGUGUCCUUGAAGGUAGCGCUCAGCCUUCUAUUUCAUUGUCGAGCAGGCCACCUGGUACCGGUGCGGCCAGUAGCCAAACCGACCGCUUCUAUCAAAUACCGUUCCUCGCGCCUGAUCUGACGGCCGGAGAGGACCCCCAGUCGUUCUAUCAUGCAACACUCUGCUACCAGCCACCGCGCUACCCGCAUCCGGCGUAAUCCGUUUGUCCCGUGAAAGAAAGGCAGCAGAUGCUUUUUGCAAUUGACGGCAGUAGUAUGUGGAGCAGUUGGCACCAGGGUACACGCCCGGUGCCGGCGUCGCGUGUCCGUCGCCAGCUGCCAUAUGCGAACGCACAGGCAGGAGAAAAUCAUGCGUGUUUGCAGCGGAAGC